GACUGCCGCGUUUCAAAAUUCGAGACGUAUUAUUAGACACAGAAAGAACAGCUUUACCGCGGAAGUGUGUGGAAACAAAAGCUUUUGACUUCCCCGGUCAAUACCUGUCCCCUUUCGCUGAGUCUAUAUCUCUGGUCUUUGCGAUAUCAACCAAACCUCCGGUUUGAAGGAGAUCCAUCCCUGUUUUCGUCUCUCCUUCACCCGGCCAAGUUCUAGAUCCCAAACAGACACACAUAUAUACUCAUACGUAUUGAAUUCUGCCAUUAUUGAUAUCCAUCGAUCCUUACGUUCAAAGAUUACACCCCGCACCAAAUUUGCUUUGAUCCAUUGAUUGUUAUGUAGAGCUCUGCAUCUAUCCAUCACUUUUCAGCUGGCACCUUUGUGCGCUUCUUAUUCGAUCCCAAGGAAAGCGAUGGAAAACAUUGCCGCGCAAUUGAAGCAAGGCAUCUCGCGCCAAUUCUCCACCGGUUCUCUGCGCCGGAAUCUGAGCCGGCAGUUCUCGCGGCAGUCGUCCUUGGAUCCCCGACGCAACAAUCUCAGGUUCAGUUUCGGUCGCCAGUCAUCACUCGAUCCGAUUCGCCGCAGUCCCAGUCAUGAUAAUGACCUGGCAGUGCCAGAGAACCUCGACUCCACGAUGCAGUUGCUGUUCAUGGCCUGCAGAGGGGACGUGAAGGGAGUGGAGGAUUUGCUAAAUGAGGGCAUUGAUGUCAAUAGCAUUGACUUGGAUGGCCGCACUGCGUUGCAUAUCGCUGCCUGUGAAGGACAUGUGGAGGUUGUGAAGCUCUUGCUCAGCCGCAAGGCUAAUAUUGAUGCUCGAGAUCGUUGGGGCAGUACGGCUGCUGCUGACGCCAAAUACUAUGGAAAUACAGAAGUUUACAAUAUAUUGAAGACCCGUGGAGCCAAAGCGCCGAAAACCAGGAAGACUCCGAUGUCUGUUGCCAAUCCGCGGGAAGUUCCGGAAUAUGAACUUAAUCCCUUAGAACUCCAGGUCCGGAAGAGUGAUGGCAUUUCAAAGGGAGCAUAUCAAGUAGCUAAAUGGAAUGGCACUAAGGUUUCUGUCAAGAUCCUUGAUAAGGACUGUUAUUCAGACCCUGAUAGCAUAAAUGCUUUCAAACAUGAGCUCAUGUUAUUGGAGAAGGUGCGACAUCCUAAUGUGGUCCAGUUUGUUGGAGCUGUCACCCAAAAUAUACCCAUGAUGAUAGUUUCAGAGUAUCAUCCUAAGGGUGAUCUAGCAAGCUAUCUUCAAAAGAAAGGUCGUCUAUCCCCAUCAAAAGCUCUACGUUUCGCUCUUGAUAUUGCUAGGGGCAUGAAUUAUCUCCAUGAAUGUAAACCAGAUCCUAUUAUCCACUGUGAUUUAAAGCCAAAAAAUAUUUUGCUGGAUAGUGGAGGACAGUUGAAGGUAGCUGGAUUUGGUAUGGUAAGAUUGUCAAAGAUUUCACCUGACAAAACAAGACUGGUGCAGCCUGGGGCUAACAUUGACCGUUCAAGCUUGUACAUGGCACCAGAGAUUUACAAAGAUGAUACAUUUGAUAGAAGUGUGGAUGCAUUUUCCUUUGGUCUCAUUGUAUAUGAGAUGAUAGAGGGUAUACAGCCCUUACACCCGAAGUCUUCGGAGGAGGCCUUGAAACUUAUGUGCAUAGAAGGAAAAAGGCCACCAUUCAAGAUCAAAACAAAAAGUUAUCCUCCAGAUUUGAGAGAGUUGAUUGAGGAAUGUUGGGAUCCAGAACCUCUUGUCAGACCAACAUUUUCUGAAGUGAUUGUGCGGUUGGACAAAAUUGUGGCAAACUGCUCAAAACAAGGGUGGUGGAAAGAUACUUUCAAGCUUCCUUGGAAAUGAUUGCAAGGAAUGGGAAAAGGCCAAUUUUAUCCUGAGUCAGUUAUUGAGCUUCGUAUUGCGAUUAUUGAAGUUGGAACUACCAGGAGAUCAACUUAUUUAGCUUCGACAUGUCAAGAAAUGAAAUUCCGUACUUAGUUACGUGCUUCCUUGGUGGUUUGAAGCGGCCCUUGUGUGUAAAAUAUGCUUCCAGCCGGUAAUGUAUUUUUAAACUAUUUAUUCAUCGACUACGGAUUUGCAAUUGAUAAACGUACUUUGUUAACUGUUUAGACGAUAGGUCUUGUACGGAUUAGAGGAAGUUAUGCUUUCACAUUAUUCGUUUUGCGGAAUUAGGCUUUCGAGUUUUUGCGACAAAUC